UUGUAAACGCGUCAUCAGAUCCUACAGACGAUCACCAAAUAGAAGACAGUAUCUUAUUUUUACUUCGUGUAAAUCAGUCACAUCAUUAAAUUUAGUCUCGUGUAAACUGUGUAAGCAGAUCCAAGCGAAACUUCAUUAGAAUCCUUUUUGUUGUACAGAGUGAAAAACUAAUGUAGAAAGGGAAGGAGGGAGGAAGGCUAUACAAGACAAUACUCUUAAUACUCCCUGCAGGCUAUAUAAAUAAACAUUGUUAUGGAAUGGCACAUUAUUUGUUAUAUCGUCGAUAUUUCAUCGGAAGAAAGUUUGCAGAGGUCGCCGUUAGAGAGAAUAAAGUCUGGGUUACGUGUACGAGAUCUGCAUCUACACUAACUUCUUUUGGGAACAAACACCAUUUUUUCUAGAAAUUAAAGGUCAUUUUCUUGUUUUUGUUUUUCAUCUGAAUUUUUAUAGGCUUGCUAUAAAUACAGAUUUAUGACGAAAAGUGAUCCCAUCCUUUUAUUCUUCAAUCAGUCAAUCCACCUCUCCAUGCAUCUUGAACCGGGAAGGGGGUGAACUAGACACCGAGAAUGGACAGCGCACUAGGUACAAAUUGUGAGGUGGACCGGUUUGAGUAGGGCAGACUUCCGCCAAUCGGAAAUGAGUAUCUGAUUACAUACUGAUGUCAUCUAACACUUAGAUAGCUAUACAUUUGUUAGUCCUUUCAGAAUGAAGAAAACAAAGAGGCCAUCAACAUGAACUUUACCAAAAAAAUGGUCAGAAAAAAAAAUCUCGUAGGCGCAUAAUUCGCUCUUCGAUUAACUUGCGUAAGAUUGCUUUUGGUUGCCCGUGUACCGAGCAUGAUAAUUUGCUUUUUGAAUGAUGACCUUGCAUUAGAUGGUCGUCUUGUAUUUAGUUGUCCACAUUAUAACCUGGUGUGCCACACUUGUUGAGUGACAGCGCAUGACAGGAAGCGAUUAGUUAAGGUGCACGCAUGCUCAAUCUACAAGUAAAAGAAAACUGAACAAAGUGCCGUCCCAAUGUCACUGUGUGUGCAGAUUUUUUCUUGCCCUACAAAAUCAGACCUAAGAAGACAUAAGCCACCGAUACAAUGGUGUACUCCGAAGAGAUUUUACCGAAGGCACCUGCACUUUGUUCUCAAAGAUGGAAUUUCGCCAUUCUCUCUUUCUUUGGAUUUCUCAUCUUAUACGUCACUCGCGUGAACCUCAGCGUGGCCAUCAUCUGCAUGGUGCGUGCGCCUCGAGUCAACGUCACUUCCGAUCACCAGACGAAUGACAGUAUCUUAGCUACACACGGCCUCACUACCAAACUGACCACCGCUUACCCGGAUGUGACUGGGGAGAAUGUAGCGGCAGACGACAGGAUCGCUGAAAGUGGCUGCACAUUGGAUAUCACGAAAUCAAGCCUGUCUGUGAACGAUGGAGAAUUUGACUGGGAUAAGGGAACACAGUCUCGUCUUCUGGCCAUCUACUUCUAUGGGUACAUUUUCACUCAAAUCCCCGGCGGGUGGCUGGCUGGUCGGUACGGUGGGCGGCUGGUGUGGGGGCUUUGUCAGAGUAUUUGUGCCCUGAGCUCGCUGGCCUUGCCCCUUGCUGCACGUGCUCAUGUUUACUUAGUGUAUGGCCUUAGGUUUCUCCUCGGACUUGCAUCGGGAGUUUCUUUUCCGUGUGUUUACGCCAUGAUGGGCAGGUGGGCUCCGAAACUGGAGAGAAGCAAACUCAUGUCCUUAUGCUUUACUGGUCUCUCGGUUUCAAACGUACUGACUUUCACGUUGUCCGCUCUGCUGUGUGUCUAUGGGUUUGACAACGGCUGGGGCUCCAUCUUCUACCUGUCUGGUAUAGGCAACCUGGUGUGGGUCGUGGUGUGGUUUGUGGUGACGGCAGACACGCCCGAUAAACACAAGAGGAUCAGCGAGGCUGAACGAAACUACAUACAGCGAUCUAUUGGCGACACACCUGAGGACAAGGAAAUUUCGCCGACCCCAUGGAGGGCCAUAUUUACUUCAGCUGCUGUCUGGGCCUGUACUGUUGCUAUGAUGUCUUUUAAUUGCACUAGCUACACUCUUCAGACGUCACUUCCUACUUUCAUGAAGGAGGUGUUGAACUUUGACAUCAAGCAGAAUGGUGGUCUAUCAGCCCUCCCAUACCUGUGUGAAUCUCUAGUAUCGGUCUUGGCGGGACAGGUGGCGGACAGGUUGAGAGAGAGAGGAAUUCUCAGCACCAAGAACACCAGGAAGCUCUUCACGAUCCUUGCGUUACUGGGAUCGGCCACGUGCAUCGUGUCAGCAGGCUACAUGGACUGUAGUCAGCGAGCCGUGGCGGUGUUUCUGGUCUGCCUGUCCUUGUCUUUCCUGGGCCUGAACCGCGGAGGUUUUCUUGUCAACCACAUUGAUCUCGCCCCUCGACAUGCUGGGGUGAUUUAUGGUAUCAGCAACACCGUUGCAACUGUUUCUGGAAUGGUAGGACCAAUAAUAGUAGGAUCCUUGGCACCAAACGGAACAGCUGAAGAAUGGCGUCACGUGUUCUACGUCUGCGCCGCUGUGUCCGUUGUGGGAGCGAUGGUGUACGGCGUCUUUGCGGAGGGAGAGUUACAGAGCUGGGCGGCGCCUCCCUCUGUACAACAUGUUGUGGACUGUCACAAAGUGAAAGAAAUAGAGAACAAUAAAAACCGCUCUUAUCCCAUCACCCAGUGUGAAGACUCUUCUCCAGGCGACAUCACUACAAACAACGCCGAUCCCAUGACUCCAAGAAAAGAGGGCAGCAUCAUUACAGAACCACAGAAAGAAGAUUUCAAUUAACUACAAAUGAAAAACGCCUGCUAUGUUGUACUAUAUACAAAGAAUGAACAACUGUAACUUGUAUCGCUUUACAUUACAUACAACAAGAACAUUUUUAAUAUAGUGUGGAUAAUGCUUCAGAAGAAACAUUUCGCUAAUAUUUUCCAAGGACUAUAGUUAUUCAGAAAUUCACACUGUUUUAUUGCAAAUAUAAGUAAACAUUCUUAUAGAUGGUUUCAAAAAUGAACUUGUAAAAAGUACUCCCAUACUCACGCUUGCAAGAGAUAAGUUCCAACACAAUUCACUAUCUAAUCUGACGAGCUCCUAGUGAAGUUGCUUGGUUCACAUUCCACGUUACCUCCUAUUUUUCCACUUAUCGGGUCAAAACCUGGCAUUGGAUAGUCUACAGAGUUAACAACAGUUUUGCUUCCAGCUCUGACAUCAAAGUCACCUAACAAAGUAAAGGGCAGAUCAGCGCUUCUGUCAAGAAUGCAUUCUUCUAACAUUGCAAUACCAUGAUGUAUGUUAGCUUUCCUGUAAGAUGGUGAGUCAGUAGGUGGUGUGUAGACUCCUAAAAUAAUGACAUCUGAGUGUGCUUUUAAAAACUUUUUAGAAAUACGUAAAGCAAUCGCAUUGUCACACUCUAUAGGCACACAAAUGAAUCGAGUUCCUUUCUUACUAGCAUAGUUAAACCACCACAGUAGUACAGUCCACUGUAAUAUAAGCCUUGGAAGACUCAAGAGUGUGUACACAGAGUGCAACCUAUAAAAUCACGUGCAAAAAA